AGAGUGAUUUCCAAUCAGAAAAUUCAGCAGGUAUGUACAGUAUACGCGGUUAGCGCGCUGCUGAGUUUUACCUGCUUUAUCGGAGGUCCAUUAUUGCAUAUUUAUUCAUUUGGGUCGAUUGAUUUCCGUGUAUUUGAAAAUUCAUUAAAAUUUAGUUUGGCUGGUUAGCCUAUAUCAUUGUUAGCUCAAUACCUUUUUCAAGUCUUUUUAACUUUAAGUAUUUAUUUUUACUUUAAUUUUGGUGGUUAAAUUUUGAUGUAAUUUUGAUUUGAUUUAAGGUUACAGGACACCCUUUUUGGCGUUUUGCGGAAAAUCGCUACUGCGCGCUCAAAAUCAGUCCGAUUUUCGUCAAGUUUUCACCAAAUGUUAGCCAGUGCAUGCAAAAUAUGGUAAAGUUGUAAAAUUGACAAACAAUAAAAUAAUGUAAGAAUUAUUCAGGAAAAUCUUAAAUCGCGGUACCUUUACGCUUUUGAGUUGUGUUCCUGCUGGUUUUAGAUAUAUUUAUGAAAAUAUCAUUUUUAUACAGUAAAAUAGUUGCUCUAAAAAAUUGUGUUCAGAAAUUUUUGUUUAUUUCGUCAUUGCGCUGAUAUGGAGAUUUUUUUGAUGACUGCAAUAUAUUUCUGAAUCGUUUGAGUGAAUUGCUCUUUAUUAUUAAAAUAUCCAAAAUUAGAACAAAGCCGAACACAAUUUUGCAACUGACGCCUUUAGCUAUGUCCUGUGAAAAUUUGAGAAAAAUUCGUUAAAACCCGCAGGAGAAUAACUCGUUUGAAAAUCAAUAAUUACCGUAAAAUGUUUCGGGGGGAAAUUGAAUUUGAAUAUUACAUUUUCAAUGUUUUUCUUAUUGCAGCAAAAUGUAUUUUAUUGAAUAACUCUGCGAGGUUUCAACAUUUUUCGUUCAAACUUUGUCAGACAGUAGGACUAGUCUAAUGCUUUCAUGGAAACCAAUAAAAAAAUUUUAGGCAAAAUUAACACUCAAAGGUGUUCUGUAACCUUAAGUAGUCGAGCUAGCACAUAUAGCACAUGAAAUGGCUUUAUGUUAUAAUAAAAUAUUUUAUGUUACACUUUGUUAUAUACCCUUUCAUGUUGUGUUAUGCUACGUUAUUAGGAUUAGUAUGACCUAUUAACGACGUGAAUUAUUUCAGAUUUCCAGACGGACGUGGAUGGAAAUUUCCAGUCACUGCACGAUCCAUCUUACCAAGAUUAUCGUGCUGAAGCUCAAACACAUUUUGAAUUGAGAACUGAGUGCAUUAAGAAGGCAGCUAUAGCUUACAGCAAAAGGCAAGGAGAGCUGGCUAAAAUAUAUGCAGACCAGGUGGGUCAAUUGGAUUAAUUUUCUUUAAAUUUUCUUUGCUAUCAAAGACUUUUAUUUCACAUAAAAUCAGUGACGUGUCAGUUCAAUUCACUUCUGACAGGUUCAGUUCCUGCCAAGGAGUCGUUUUUGACCUAGUGUUCUUCCCUAGUGUGUUUUCACUAAAAAAUUCGGAUUUUUGCUUCGUCCUAACCAGAAAAAAACCUCUUUUGACGAGGGCAGUAGAGGCAAAUCCGAUCCGAUCGGAUUCGUUCGGAUUUCGGAACCAAAAUACUCAUAUCGGAUCGGAUUGAUCAAGUUGUUUCGUAGUCGGAUCGGAUCGGACUUCGAUAUCCGAAAUAAAAUGAAUUAAUUAUCCGCGCAUUAUCGCAAGAAGUAAUUAUCCAUGCAUUUAUCAAAGCAUCAUCGCGGUUGUAAUGUCGCUGCAUUAUUCGUUUGAUAUUAGUCAAUUGGACGUCACUUUGUCAGCUUCUUGACAUGUAUUUCUUGCUUUAAUAUUUAUUUGGUUGAAUAUUUCAACUUGAAUGAGAAAUUUAUUUUAUUAAAGAAUUCAUCGGAUCGGAUUGGAAUUCUUUAUCAAAACUCGGAUCGGAUUAGACAAUUUCGGAUCGGGUCGGAUUUUAAACAUUAGGCAAUUGUCGGAUUAUAAACGUGCAAUCCGAUCCGAUGCACACCUCAAGAGGACAGUACGGCUUUUUACCGUGUAAUCCGCUCUCGGAUUUUUCGUGUUCUCAUGGCCUUAUUUGGUAAAAUCACGUCAUUGUCAUAUAGUAAAGCAUGAUAUCGACAAAAAAGUAUCGAAACGUUUGCAAUAGAUAAAGUAAACAGCAGCUGACAACUUUUGAGGUGUUCAAGAAAUAUCACAAAGCUUGCUGCAUGGUUAUAUACUGUUUAAAGAAAACUUUCUUUGGCCUCCCAUGGCCGUGUAUUAAAAAGUCCCCGUUUAAAUUCAAAAGUGGCCUGGCCAUAUACCUGCAUAUCGUCACAAAGUUGUCUCAUUUCUAGCCAACAAUCAGAUCUAUCUAUAAUAUUUUUACAGGCUAGACACCAUGACGAAAAGAUUAAAGAAGCCAACCGUCGUGCAGCAGAGAAGAUUUUGGAGAGCAGGUGACUCCUGUUUUUUUGUCACCUUAAAUGAACAUGCUUUGUGAUUGGCUUCUUAAAGCAAAAUUAAUCAGUUGUCUGACUCACUCGGUAGAAAAUCUUUUGUAGAUUUAUUACUUUUCGUAAACCAAUGGAUUAAUAAUUCUUUAUUAAUUCGUUUCACCCUAUACGAUAUUAUCUUUCAGAAAUCACGACUUGGUUCAUUCGAACACGUUAGAUCUUCACGAACUGCAUGUAAAGGAAGCGAUCCAAGUCUUAGAUAAUGUUCUGGAGGAAAAACGGAAAGGUAAACACAAUAUGAUAUCUGUUCUGUGUAUGUGUACCUUCCAGUCUCUAGCUCGUGAUACAAACAGUUUAACUAGGUUCUCCAGGAUUCUUUCCUUUAAGACCAGAAAACUGUGGAUUAAUUGAUAUCUGUUCUGUGCAUGCGUACCUUCCAGUCUCUAGCUCGUGAUACAAACAGUUUAACUAGGUUCUCCAGGAUUCUUUCCUGUGGAUUGACAGGGAUUCAACUACCUGAAUAACUCAACCAAAACGUCGACGUUUCGACCGAAGGCCCUUCGUCCAGCUAGGUUAUUGUUACUACCUGUUAUAAAUUCUUCUCACAAAUUCGGUUAAAACGAUAAGAAUUUUCCGCUUGCUGGUCCAGUCAACAAACUACUGGAACCGUAUUUGUUUUUCUAAUUUUCGUUUUUUCCAACAAUCUUUUACAAUCAAUCAAUCAAUCUAGCCAAUUCUAUAUACAUUCUAUGUGGGAUCUUUAAAACAAUCUUUAAAAACUCUGACAUUCUCUAGCACUCUCUGUGACACUUUCAUAUAUAGUACUAGUAGUAUUACUAUAUAUAUAUAUAGUCUAAAUCUAGGAAGAAUUGCACGUCAUCUUUUACAAAAGAAUGUUCUUUCCCUUAGUCACGUUUGUAAUAUUCAUCCUUUCGGUUCUGAAACGUACGUGCUGAACGUACUGAACGCUUUCGGUUUACGUCAUACAAUAUCGCGCAAUUUAUUCAAAUAUUGCGCGCUCGCGUUUUGUGCUUGCUGCGCCAAGAAGUUCCGUAACACUACCUACACUAGCACAGACUCUUCCCUUUAAUGGCUAUUCAUGAUGUAUGUAUGUAAUUUUAUCUCCAUGCAAUAAUUGCUACUACUAAAAUUAUGGAAACUGAAGUGAUUUAGACUGAGUGUCUGCAUGAAAGAAGAAUAUAAGCGAUUGUAUAGUUCAUUAAAGUUAGAGAGUUUUCAUGAACUAAUGUACUUUUGGUCCCCAAUCGCUGCUAAUCAUCUUCUUCUUGUUGUUAGGGGGGCGACGCUCUUUGAAAAAAGCCUAAGGCUCCGUCGUUACUUGUCUGAUCAGAAUGAAAUUUAACACAAUUAUUCUUAGCAAUAUUCCGCAUCGAUUGACGGUGUUCGAUUUUUCAUUUUUGACUUUAGAAGCAAGAUACAAGCAAUUUUUGACUGUAUUUGUAGCAAAUAAUAUAUACAUAUCAUUAAUAUUCAGCAAAUAUAUCAGCAAACGCAAACGAUAAGAAAGACAUUGUCUUGUCUAUUGUUGUGAACACAAUCACGAUAGUCUAAAGCUUCUCGAGAGUGAGAAUGUGAAAGCAUAUAAGUGACUAGUAAAUUUAACACGCGCUGGCUUAGUUUCUCAAAGCGCAGAGGAGUAAUAUUGCUAUCUGGCUAUUAUACAGUACGUAUAGGUUAUUUUGAGGCAACAAGGGGAUAAUAAACACAUAUCCCCGAGGUGCCUCAAAAUAACGUACUUAUUUUUCACACUGCGAGGUCGCGUUAAUGAGUCAGAAAAGAAAGAAUUCUUAAUGCCAUAUUGCCUUCGCGAUGUUGUUUUUUCUCAUUUUUUGUGCUGCAAAGACAUUGCAGGUGAAUAUUAGAGGGGAUUAUUAAUUGCAGGUGAAUAUUAGAGGGGAUUAUUUAACGGAAAUUGAUUAGAGGGGAAUAUUGAUUAUAUUCCCCGACAAGAACAAAGGAAACCGAGCAAGGUGAAAAAUAAAGUAUAAUAUUCUUCAUAGUCCGAUAGAAAAUCGUGAACCGUAAAAACAAAGACAUGUAAAUUUGUUUUUAGCACAAGCAUGCAGUUAUGAAGCCAUGACUAAGCGAGAUGAAAUUGCAUUAACCUAGCAACAAUUCAGAUAAUUUGUUACCUUAACUUAAGCCCCGUACACGGCACGUACUGCACGUGCACGACUGUAGCUGCAAUUAAUGGCACGCACGGCACGGCAAAAUUUGAUGCACGGCAAAAGUUAGCUGACACGGCAUGUUUUUUCUAAAUAUUGUGGGACAUUUAACUUAUCUAUCGAAUUCAAAUGCAAGGAAAUACUUUUGAAAACUGCGCAUUUAGUUAUCAAUGCUUUGUCCAGAUUUACACCUCAUUUAUACACGGCACUAGACUGACAUUUUGCCCGGAUAAAGUAUACCUUGCAUGCAUGACCAAAUUAAAGCAAAACAUUUAGUUGCCAACUUCGAGAACAUUAGUUUCACAAGUGUAUAGUUAUUUGUUUAUCAAGUCAAAGUCUCGAAGGUUUUGAACUUUUAACGAUUUGCACAAGAUCGAAACUGGGUCACGCAGUUCCUGGUCCACUAUAGUACGAUCGUACUUUUUUUAAAAUAAGGAUUUUGAAUAUUUUAUUUGCAAAGUGAAAAUUAAGGACUUUCGUGACUCCAUGUUCUUGUAUAAAGGCCGAUCGGUGCUACCUUUACUCUGGAAACAGGAAAUUAAGUAUUUGAAGUUCUCAUCAUGCACUUCAUUUUAUAAAGUUCAAUAGUUGGAUAAAAAAAUGUCAACAAAGUUGACGCUUGCUAACAGACUGUACCGCAUCCUUCUAUAAUAUAUCGUUUCAUUUUGAAUUGAGUUAUUUUAUUUGGAAUAUUUUUUUUGAAUAUUUUGCAUACGCUUUCUGUGAUCAAAUCUUAACCCAAAGGCGUUCGAAGAAAAGCUGUGUGUUUCGGUGUUUGACACAGGUAUACACAUGCAUCUGUGAAAGGCAGUGGAGCUACCUUUCUAAACCUACACUAAACAACUCCAAAAAUCAUGUGCAGCCAGUUAUCUGAGCCCAAAGUUCGUGCAAAGCUCCAUUCCAAGAUUGGCGGCUAUACCUCUACAAAAAUGAAAUCAACAGGCAUGACAGUUGAUAUAUUGAUAUAAUUAUAUACCUGAUACCACGUGUUCUUUUUAGAGCGGAGAACCCCCAAUAGAAAGUCUCCAUCAUAUCUCGAAGUCAUAACUGGUCGCGGUAAUCGCAGUCGUGAUGGUAAAGCGCGCAUUAAACCUGCAGUCAUGGAUUAUCUUAAACGACAUGGAUACAGGUACAUUUAUAUCUGAUGUCAGCUGUUUAAAGCAGGAAUAGGUUUACUACAAUCCAUUUCCAGAAUUCCGGCCCUCAACUGAUCAACUUACUUAGAGUAAAAUCACUGCAUUUAUCACUCAAAUUUCGUGUACACAAAAUGCAUGCUUUUAUUUGAAGUAUUUUCUUUAUUUUUCUUUGGCCAAGGAGAAUGCUAAUUUUCUUAUCAAUGUUCACAUUAGAGAGGUUCCGAUUUUCACUUCCGUGCAUUUAAUCUACCCAAUUAAAUGAUAAUAUUGGGAAUCCAUUUUCCGAGCAAAACGCUGAUAUGCAUACUAUUUAAUGAUUGCUCUUCACAGACAUGGAUGCAAAGAUUUCUCUCCAACAACUGGCCAUAGAGUUGUGUUCUUUGCAUGAACCAGCUGCCAUAUUUGAAUGUUCGGAAGCGUACACCAACGAAAUCAAUUAUAGACUAACAAUAAAAGCACAGAAUAUAACCCCUUUAUAUAUAUAACCGACUAUAGUUCGGGGUUUCUUUUAUUGUUGGUACAACAACCAGCAAUACAACACGUAAAACCACCACUUCUUUUACUCGUACUGGUCGAUGAAAGCAGGCUGUUGCCGUUACUUUCAGGGCUGUCAAACCUAUGAAGACUCGCGCACGAGUUAUGGAAAGAACUAGGGUCUUCAUAACACCGCGGAAAAACGUCUGCGCGGGGCACAAAAAAUGGCGAGGAAUUUAAAUACCAAAUUGUAAACAAAAACAUGACUAUUUAAUGAUUUAAGGUAAUUGAAACAAACAAAAAAUACACUAGACGGGUAGUUUAGAUAUGAAUAAAAAGUUUUUAACAUUUAAAACCUAAAAAGAAACGGAAUUUAAAUUAAAAAUUACCGUUUAAGACCGGGAGGCGUGUGAACAUUUCUUGAAAAAUUGUCGAAAACCAAACUUAAAACAGAAAAGUUAAGAAAAUUAUAGAAUAGUUAAGCAUUUGCAUGCACACGAUUAAAUUGUAGAGUAAAUCAUUACCCUUAAAUAUAGUCAAUGCAAAAGUAUACAUGCUACGCAAAAACGUUAUUGACAAAAAUGUGGAUCAUAUGAACCUAGGAAAAAUAUCUUUGUAUGGUUCAGUUAAAGAACGCGCGUACGUUUUAUACAAUAAAUUUAUCGACAGUCACCUUUGGUUUAUUUUCUUGCAUAAUACUACUUCUUGCACAUGUACACUAUAAUUAUUUCUAGUUUUUAGGUUGUCACAUUCAUUAUUCCGCUUGCAUUUUCAUAGAAAAGGCAAAACAUCGGAGUCGCUUCCAUUUUGAGUUUUUGACAAGAUUCGGAGCACUUGACAUCACGUGCGCAAAACAGAUUUCAGUAAUGUUGACGCAUGCGCAGACGCAACCUCGUACCCAGGCUAUGUUCUCUUAUACUCGGUGCACGGCCACCUGCUGAGAAAAUACCCUGGUAUUGUCUGGUCACGUGUCUCCCAGAAUCUGGGAGGUAACAAUAAAUUUCUAUUAGGGUGGGUAACUAAGUAGCGUUUUGUCACUGAGCAAGGAGUGAGCGAAGAAAUAACGCAGAGACAUCAUAAGACAUCAUGCAGGAAAUAUUUACAAGAUUGUAUAUUUUAUUUGUCAUGAAUACUGUCCAGUUACACAAUUAGAAAUAUCAAAUGUCAUUGUGCCCAGAAUGUCGGUGAGCAAAGAUAUAUCAGAGUUCAAUAUACAAGGUGUGAUAUACCGUAUUUACUCGAUUGAGCGCCGCCCCCGAAUGAGCGCCGCAUUUGAGAUCAAAUUUUUUUAAAGAGCGCCGCUUCCGAAUGAGCGCCGCACUAAACAGUGUAAAAACUUUCCGCCGUCAAAAUGGGGACAUUUAGUAACAAAAACCUUUUAAAACUUGUCUAUUUUAUAGUUAAAAGUUCUUGUCAUAAUUCACAAAUAAAAUAUUUUUUAAUGAGCGCCGCAUCUGAAGCUAUGGAAAUUUAAAGAGCGCCGCGGCGCUUAAACGAGUAAAUACGGUACGGCUCGUCGAAGAAAUUGCACGUCGUCGCAAACGUUACAAGAAAAUAUAUUUCCAGACCGACCGUUGUAGCUGUUAUUAACCUGUUGAAGUCCAUCCUAAAAGAUUUAUUUAAUACUGAGAUGUGGAAUUGUAACGAAAUAGAGAGAUCUUUUCAAUUUCUGUAAUAUCGCAAACUACAAACGGAACAAACCUUGCUUGUAAACAAUGCUACUCGGACUGUUAUUCAAAGCGCUGUGAAAUUUCCAACAUUGCCAUUGACUUCGUUGCAUGAAACUUCAUUGAUGCUCAAGAAAUAUGUUGAAGUAUACCUCUCUAUUAUCAAACCUACGGUAAAAUAAUCCGACAAUAGCCUACUCAAAGAUAAGUCAAAGGCAAAGACUCUUCUGUGUGUAUAUGUUUAUACAAAUACUGUAUAUAUAUGACUGAAUAUUCGUAACUUAUGUUUGACAUUAGAGAAUACAGACCAACAUAAUAAUUUUGAUGAAUAGAGCUUUAAUUGUGACCGUUGUGACAUUCGCUUUACUGUAAUUUGUUGAUCGAUGUUCAUACAUAGGCUAUUAUGCAUGCUGGUGUGGGACACUGCCUGUUAGUCUGUUUAGAGAUCAAUAUAUGUUGUGUUAAUAUACAUAUUUAGAUUUAGAGUCUAACUAUGUUGCACUAGAGAUAAACGGUUUGUUCUCGAAGAAAACGCGUUAAAUAUUAAUGUGAAGUAAUCAAACUCUAAGACUCUAAUUAUAAGUAAGUGUUAAUCUGCAUGUGCAUAUCAGUCCAUAUCAGUGUGUAUGGGCCAGUAUGACUGCAUGUGCAUAUCAGUGUUUAUGCCGUGGUUUAUGGAAAUAUAUAUAACUAUCUUCGUGUUAUAAAAUGUGUACUAUAUAUCAGAAAAAUAUUUUUAUAAAUAUUGCUGUAGGCCGAAAAAAAGGCUAAAGCCGUAAUUUUGUCUAUACCGCCUGAUAUACGCAUUUCCCUGAGGCUGAGAAUUUUUGUACAUUCAUCUGAAAAUUUUUAUACUUUACUACCUGCCAACCUCCUACCUAUCUACAAGUUUCAAAUAUGAUGAAGUGAUGAACUAGUGAAUUAAAAGUAUUUUGAAAGAUAAAUCAUCAACAGUUUUAAAGUGAGCAUUCAGUCUCUGUUUGUGACAAAAAGUUACGUUUCAAAAUCUAUCAACCUUCAAUAAACAAGACGCGCACUAUUAGUAUUAAAAUCGGCACAAAGGUUAUCAACGUUUGCAAACAACAAAUCUAUAAAUGGCAUAUUUUAGAAACAGAUAAAAGCGAAAAUAUACAAACGUUGACGACUGACCGGUUUGAUAUAUGAAAAUAUGUUUGAGAGAGAGAAUACCCAACUUCAAACUUUAAAGUAUACGAUUUAUUUGUUUCUUGACUUGACUGUUGAUAAAAUGCUACAAUGCUUUUGUAAUUUAAAAGCAAACAGAAGUAUAAAAUAGACGUUAUCUAGUUUACGAACUAUGUAUCGUAAAAUCCCACUCCUGGUAUUUGAAAUUUACAGUAACAUUUUCAAGCAUGUAAUUUGAUACUUUGCCACUCCCCCUUGGGCAAUUAAUUUUUGUAGAGUCACGUGACCAUACAAUACCAGGGUCUUUCCCAAAAAGACCCUGGGUACGAGGAUGGCGCAGACGUUUUUCCGCGGUGUUGGUCUUCAUUGGCUUGAACAGCCGCCAAAAGAAUGAAAAGACGACAGCACACUCGCAUUCGACAGUAGCCAUGUUCGAUUGUUUUGAACUUUCCACUAGGAUUUUUCCACCGUGGCUAACACCAGAAUUCCUUGUGACGUCAUUGUGCAUAAGGUCUAUUUAAUUAACUACCCCCUCAUUCCAGUGAAAAUAUGCAAGUGAAAUAAUUACAAUGUGAUGUACUGUACAGCUUUUCCAUUUUGAGUUCUGUAAAUAAUUCGUGUCCGACCAUGUCCGAACAAAAUAUGAGUUGGUCUGACAUAUAAUGUACUAAUAAUUUAACAUCAAUUUUUUUCAACAGACACGAAGAACUGAAUAGCGGGCUAUAUAGAGUAUUUCUCAAUUAGAGGAUUAAUCUGUAAGUUAUGUGUAUGAGAACAAUUUCCUACUUUGUUUUUGCUUUUUCUAUGACCGCAUGGAACAUGACCUGUGGUUCUACCACUGCAAGCCAAUAGUAGGAAAUUCUAGUCUGUCUGUUCCUAGCUUACAUCUCAAACGGACUUCUAUUUAAAAAGAAAAUCGAAGCGAUAGUUGAGUUAAUGGGUGUUUAUUAUCGAGUUAUCAAGAUACGGUGCUGGUUUCCUUUGUGUUUUGCUAAUUAUUUAUUACCCAGAUUCCAAGUCAAGUCAAUUUAUUUUGCCACACAUAUAGUAAAUAUAAAAAAUAUAAAUAUAAUAGUUAUAGUAUUAAGGCAAGGAAGCCCAAAUGAAACCAAGAGGCUUAUGAGUUUUGAGCUACCUUAUUAUAAUCCGAUAAAGCCGGAAUCAGGACGUAUUAAGUAUGAAUUUAUUUACAACAAUAUGGUUUUUACGCUUACAUAUCGAAAAGAUAAAUGCAUUCCCCCUGUAUAUAUGGAUAAAACAUGUCGUCAAGCUUGACGUGGGAACACAUCUUGGUUGAUAAUAUGUACAUUAAUGCAUGUACUUCAGUCUCUUCACUGAAUAGCAGUAUAUGUUUUUGUUUAGGUUUCCUCGUUGUACGCAUCCUGGGACAAAGGCUUGUACUAUCCUGGCUAUAUCUUGGACUUUCCCAGUGUGCUCCAUAUAUAUCUGGAGCGAUAACUCGAGUCAACCGCUAGCUCCUUCAAUGUCCGCCAUCUUGGCAAGCAACGUGCUGAAAUGUCGUAUUUUGACAUCCAUUUAAAGAAUAACACUGGUUUUAUGAACUGAAAACUUGGUUUGCGAUACGGUCCGUUAGAAAAAAACUGGAAUUAGCUCAGUGGGGAAAAUGGUAUAUAACCUGUUUACGACCUUCAGAUCUAUUGGACGUCAAUGGGCCGCCAUCUUGGCUUCACUUUUCUCGCAGGCCGAAUGACUGAAGUUCUUGCUCCAGAUAUAUAUUGAGCUCACUGGACUUGCCACAAGUCGACUUGCGUCAUAUAGUUCUUGCCUCGGACACAGGCGCUUGGUUUGUUUAUCACGUUAUCAAGCGCAUGCGGACGGCACGCGAGGGAGGAAAGCUGAAAAUUUGGUUGAUUCGGUGGGAAACUUCACCACGAAAUCGAUUAAGUUAAUCCACGUUGCCCACGCAAUGACCACGUGACAGCGACAGGGUGUGAGGCAGUCGUAACGCGUUGUAAUUUGUCUCUUAUUGCAAGGAGUAAAACUGGUGAGCGAAUAAACAAGGAAUGAGGGAGCUUGAGCGAAAUAAGCUAAAUAAUACGAGUCGACUUUUAGCAAGUCUAGCUAUAUCUGAGUGCAGCUAUAUCUAAGUUGUCUAAUUUAUACAAUCAUUCAUACGUAAAAUCUUAUCGUGACCGGACGUGCACUGUAGUUUACCGUACGUCCAAUUUCUUGUAAAAUAUUUUCACUAUAUGAUAAUGCAACAUGAAUUUUCCAUUUUAAACAAUUUUUCCCGAAGUUUUUAUACAUUGAUUGAAAUAUGUAAUUAGUCGAAUCAAAUUGUAAAUUAUAAUUACCAACAGCAAAUAAUUUAUUAAUUUUUUAUGUAAUUUAAUUAAACAGCAAUAAAAUGAAUAUUUUUGUUAAAAGGAACGUCACUUUCGUAUACAUCUGCGUGAUAACGGUGGUAUGUAAAUAUUUAAGUAUAGUAUGGCGCGUGGUACCUUUUGACUUAGUCAUUUGGAAUGUGUUCGAGAGUUCAUGUUAUGCUCGUCACUGACUUGAAAAAUGUUUUUAUUGAUUUCUAAGGUUAAUUAAGGACUUUUCUUUACUCCAAUGUAUAGGAGUCACUUUGACUCCUAAGGAGUCAUUUUGAUUUGGAGUAAAGAAAAAAGAUACAGAACAACUCCUUUUUUGCGGUGAAUUUUACUUCGGUAUUUUAACUCCAAUAUUGGAGUAAAUACUCCAAUAGGAAUGGUUUUUACUAGUACUCCAGUUGUGGAGUAAAAUGUCUCCAAAAUUGGAGUUAAAAUACUUGAGUAAAAUUUACGAAAAUAACGUAAAAUUCGUGUGUUAUGCACCCUUUUUUAAAAGAGAACAAAAAAUCCAUUUAUGGAAGUAAUUAUCACUGAAGCAUCAGAUAGAAUAGUCUAGUCUCCCUGGUUAAUUUUAAUCAGUAUCUGUGGCUUUGCUUCCAUUCAACAUCAAUCUUAAAUGUUCUGAUUUCCAUCGCGUUCAACGUGACGUCAAAACUAUCAUUCGAAAUCCUGUUUUCUCGGAAAGCUCCUCCCCAGUCUACUGCAUUUUUAAGCUCGGUCUUAACCAGGUUUGCACUCAGAUUGAGUUCAGUCACGGAGAGGAUGGUAAAGUCGCUAAACAAACCUUUUAGUUGAACUGAGACAGGUUUUGAAAGUUCGUCAUCUUCGCCAACAGCAAACUGAUGUUCCAGCCGUAACAGCAAAACCUUGCCAUGCUUUUCUAAUGUUAAAAGAUGAACAUUAGCUGGUAGCGGCCGAGUUAAGGCCUGGUACCCACUUUCUUCUUGGUAACCAUGGUAAUCUCCCUCGCUUGUAUGGCCUUGCAAAAUUUGGUAGCGUUGUUUAAGGUGGUAGUGAUACUGAGCCCAACUUCCAGCGCCUUCUGAAAACGAGAGUAACGGUCGCAUAAAUUCUUCCUCACCAAUAAGGCGAUGUAGUCUAGCAGAAUUUUUGGAAGCUUCAAGUAAAACCAAAAACCGACCUCGAACGAUAAGACCGUGACCGUCUCGGCCUGGUUCGUUUAACGGUUCACCAUCAACAGUACCAUCGUUAUAAAGUAACCUACGGUGAACCAUGAACUUUAAAGAACCAUCCUUUAUACUGGAGCUUCCUACUGAGCGGUCUGUCAUAACGGUCAGUUGAAUUCCAGUGUCAUCCUUAAUGUAAGCACGACUGUUCACUGGGUAAUAGUUCCCUGCUACAGGUUCUUUAUCU